CAUCGCAGAGUUCGUUAUGCGUGACAUCAAAGAUAACGGAGAUUCGGGUGGAGAGGGUGGACGGAUCACUGGGUAUAACGCUUCGCGGUGGAAACGUUACAGAUCACCCUCAUCUUAGCAGACCGCUCGUGAUUACCCAGGUGCGACCUCAGGGUCCUGCGUACAGGACAGGAUUGAUCCGGGUCGGGGAUCGUCUGCUCAAGGUGGACAACCACAAUCUGAGCAGCAAGACGCUGCUGGACGCGCAGAAGAUCCUGAAGGAUAGCAGCCAUCUGGUCUACUCCACGUUGACGCUCGAGUACGACGUGAGCAUCAUGGAGUCAGUCAAGUAUGCGACUGGACCUCUUCUCGUCGAAAUCGAUCGGAACUGCAACGAGGACCUGGGUAUCGUCCUCACCAACUGUGCUUGCGAUUUUGGCACCGACGACAUCAUUCCUGCCGGCGUCUUCGUCGAGAACAUCGUCCCUGCCAGCACCGCAGAUCGAUGCGGAGCUUUAAAUAUUGGGGAUCAGCUGCUCGUUAUUGAUGAUCUCCUACUAGACGAGUGGAACGGCAGUAUCGGCGAAGCCGAGAAGAUGCUGAAGACAGCCACAAAGAUACAAAUUCUCCCUAUACACGCCGUCCAUCGGACACCCUCCAGGAACUAUCAACUAGGACCCUACGCGAGCAGCCCAACGAUGUCCGCAGGAUUCAGCACCAUCAACUCCAAACGUUCCAGGAUCCUGAGGAACAGGACCAACAGACAAAGCUCCCUUUCCAAAUCUUUGGACGAUUCCGGUAGUUAUGGUUACUCGAUGAAUAUGGGAGUAUGUCACUCGGAGAAUUUAUCGGUAACGUUGGUUACGGAACGGGGAAAGGGCUACGGUUUGAGCAUCGGCGUCGGAGAGCACAGCGAGUCUCGACCUGCGAACAUCCUCAUAGCUAGGAUCAUACCGGACAGUCCUGCAUACAGGUGCGGGUGUCUGCAGAACGGCGACCGGAUAAUUUCCGUAAAUCACCAACCAAAUUUAACUCUGCAGGAGAUAAGUACGAUUUUAGAAAUGGGCAACGAGCCAGGCAAUACGGGCAAAAUAGCGCUGCAAAUCGAGUUCGAUGUGGCCGAUUCCAUAGUCCCGGCGAGUGGAAUUUUUACGGUGAAAUUGGCGAAAAGGGCGCCCGGCCUGGGCAUCACCAUCACCGCAUCCAAAUCGCAUCCGGAUGAACCGUUCAUCAUUUCCGAGAUCAAACGUGGUUCGAUCGCCCAUCGCACCGGAACAAUCCAUGCUGGAGAUCGUCUUUUGGCCAUCGACAAUAGAUCUUUGGAUCAUCUGAACGUCGAGUCAGCGUUCGAGGCGAUGCAAGGCACAUCAAACGACAUCGUGACGCUUAAAAUUGAAAAGACUGAGACCGAUAAUUCCAAUCUGUUGUUGGACAGUGUUGUCUACAGCGUGGAGCUGGUGAGGUACGGAGGACCCCUUGGCAUCACCAUUGCCGGAAGCGAAGAUUGCCUGGAACCUAUCGUCCUUUCCAGAUUAACUGAAGGUGGAUUGGCUGAGAAAACUGGAGCUCUUCGCGUGGGUGAUCGAUUGUUGGCCAUUAACUUUGAAAGUUUGGAGCACAGACCACUGUCUGAAGCAAUCAGACUGUUACAAAGUAGCGGAGAUAGGGUGCAACUGAAGAUAGCCAGAACCUUGAAGAAUGAAACAUCUAUGGAGGAAAGCAGAUGCAACUACUCUAGUCCUGGUCUCACAAGCAUCGAUAGCGCAGUUCAUUCCUGGGACAGUAAUCCCGGAGAGAACGCCGACUCUACUGUCUGUCCCAAAGACUUUGAAAGUGUCCUCAGUGAGCCGCUCUCCUACCAAGAAACUGAAAGGAAGCACGAUUCGCAGCUGCAAUUCUACUCGGACGUAGAAGACAUUUUCUGCCCAAGUCCUCUUCCUUUACCGAACUACAAUUUCACCAACACUCUGAACAAGUACGAGAGCAGCAAUUACGGUCAAUCCAGGAAUUUUAUGGAUAGAUUACCAGACUCCUUCAGUCACGAAAGCAUCUUGGAUAACGAAAUAUACCAUGUCACUCUUUACAAGGAUUCGGUGUACGAUGAUUACGGUUUCAGCGUGAGCGAUGGACUCUACGAGAAAGGUGUCUACGUGAACCGGAUACGGAAGGGCGGACCUGCCGAUAUAGUCGGUCUUCUCAAACCCUACGACAGGAUCGUUCAAGUGAAUGACACUAAAACUCAGGAUUUCGAUUGUUGCCUAACGGUGCCUCUGAUUGCCUCUGCCGGAGAUCGCAUUGAGCUGGUCAUAGCUCGCAAUCCAUUCGCUAAUUAUUCCCUGGAUAAGGAUCGUUUACCGGACGCUCUAUCCAGGAAGUCCUUUGCCACCAGUCAAAACACCAUCACAAAGACUCUAUAGUGUGGAUUCUCGUUUUUAUUUUUUUAUAGAAG